AAUGGUAGCUAGCAAUCACCCACACGUGGAAAAUUGGAAGACUGCAGAAUUGACUGAGAAGCACGAGUGAUUGUUGACUGAGAAGCACUAGUGAUUGUUGGGCAAUGUCUAAGAUAACAACCAAAUGAUUUUUGUUUGAGCUCAUCCAACCCCACAUGCAUUUAUUUAUUUCGUAGUUGAAAAUUUUGAUCGUCAAGCAUGUCGGCAUCAAGCCAUCAAAAUAGUUAAAGAAGAAGACUUAUUUAAAGAGCAGGUCGAAGAGUUGCAUGUUUGGAUAGAUAUUCUUGUUCCUCGUUGAGGGAUCCAGUAUCAGAAUCCUGAUUCCACUGACAGAAUAUGAAAGAUACACACAAAAAAUAGACAAAAUAAACAAUCAUUAACCCUUCCUUCCACUGCUAAAGAAAUCACAAUCUUCCUUGACCCAACUCCUCGAAAACACCAUGAACCCUAACCAGCCAAACCACCUUCUAAUAGUGUAGUCGUAAAUGAAACCAAAGGAGAAAAAAAGAAAAAGGAAAAGGAAAAGGAAAGAAAAGAACACGAAGCCUAACUUUCUCUGGAGAGAAAAUGUAGGAUAUAAUUUGACCGACAGAUUUGAGGACACAGAGGUGGAAAUGCAAUAAUUUGAUUAAUUUCUAGAGCUACAGAUCGAAUUCGGAAAACCCACUAACAUGCAGAUCAAAGGCCAGUUCAGCGAGAAUUGCGGGAAAUCCAAAACAAGAGACAGGUGCGAUGGGCCGAAAAUUAAGAAAUGAAUGACACGCAGCACAAAAUACGGCCCACAUGUACCAAACAAACAGAACAAAGAAAAGUGAUUGCACGAAUCUACAGGAAUCUUGAAGGAAAACAAACAAAAAGUCAAACCGAUGAUACAUAAAAAUUCCGUAUUUUUAAGAUAAAUAAGCUCAGACUUAGGACAUGUUUAUAUAGACUUUCUCUUUUUUUAAAGCUAGCUUUGGUGGGUUGCUAGUUGAAACUGAAAAAGGGUUAUUUGGUCUGAAUUCAAAUUUGAAGGAAUAAUACAUGUCAAAUAUGUGAUGUAUAUACCCCUCGGAACAAUAUCCUACGGAAGCUAAAAAUUCCCCUCCGCACCUGCCUUUUUUGCUUAACUUCUAGAAGCCCAUUGCUUGUUUCACCUUUUGGCUUUUGACAUGCACAAGAAGCUAACAAAAACUGAAAUAAACAGGACCUGUUACGGUGCUUCUUAAAUGGGUACCUUUGCAAGUUACUAUUUGUGUGUGUGAGAGAGAGGGGGCUAAAAUUAGAGAGAUAGUUGUUCGGGCCAGCCCAUACAAGACGUCCAGCUUGGUUGGCCCAAUAACUUCUGAGAGAGCCCACCGCAUCACAUGCAAUAAAAAAAAAAUAGCACACAUCUCACUGUCAGCAGCCCAGCCUUGACUUGCCCUACGGUACAUUGAACAAACACCAGUGCAAGCGUGCAACAGCAACACAUCAUGUCAUCAUGACCCUUGAACGAACUAUCUUCCUUAACCCUGGUUAUCAACGCAGUCUAAAGCACCCAAACAAACCAAAGUCCCAAAUAAACCCAAUGGAAUCCGUAGCGGACACCUAACCUGAGAUUCCAACGCCCUCUGCCUCCCUCGGCCCUUCUCGCUUUCCCUGGCUGCUUUUUUCUUUGCCUGCCUUUCGCUUUCUCCUCCACCACCAGACCACCACCACCGCACACCUUUCGCUUAGUUUUCCCCCACCCACUUAACCCCUAAGCAAGCCAAGCUCGCCAAGGCUCCUCCUCCCCCCGCGCGGCUAUAAAUUGGAGGCCCCUUCCAAGCCCCAAUUCCCUUUUCCCCUUCUCUCCACUCGCCUCUCUAGGUUUCCUUGCAGCUGCAUGCUGUCCCGCUGCAGCUGUUGACCUCUGCCGCCCUCACCAACCCACUACCCUGCUGCAUCUUUGAACACCCCGGCCCUUUGCUUGCACCAGACACCUGCACCUUUAGUUCCCUGUGCCUGGGAGAUUCCGUUCCGAACCUUCUCGUCGGAGUGGCUGUAGCAAAGUGUCUCUGUGCAGCCAAAACUCUGUCGGAAUUUUCGGCCGGAAACCUUUCUGAUCAGGGCAAGACUCUGCCGGAUUGUUUUUCACACAGGAGACCUAGCUAGUUAGCUGUUCAGUCUGUCACUCUGCCGAAAAUUUUCACCAGAAACCUUGCUGGUUAGGCCGUCACUCUGCCGAAAUUUCUUGCCCAAAAACCUUGUUCUCCAGGCCGACACUCUGCCAAAAUUUUCACCUGGGGUUAGUUUCUUGGUUUCUCAGAGCGCGAUUCUGUCCUAAUUCCGAUCUGAACACCUUGCUUGUUCAAGGCAAAACUCUGCUGGAUUUUUCUUUCGCGACAAGCUCUUUCUUCAUCUGCUUUUCUGACUUGUGCCGUUGCUCGUGCCACGAACCUUUUAAUGUUGCUGCUCUCCUGCUCCCAUCCCCCGUGUUUAUGAUAACAUCCACCGUCCUCGUCCAGUCCUUAUCCGUCGUCUUCCUCUACUGGUUCUAUGUCUUCUCAUAAUUAACCGACUGUACGUAGUAAUUUUCUUGGAGAUUCACGUUCUGAUUUCUGCCAAGAACUGCCAGUAAAAUCGAGCAAGAAAGUGAUUUAUAUUAACCAGGUAAUUGAAUCGGUAAGACGUAAGAAGGAACAUGGCCUCUCCUGCUAGCGUGGUGUCCGCUGCGACCAUGUCGCCGCCGACCGGGUCCGAGGCGCCCGGCUGCGACCCGCAGCUGGCCGCGGUGACCGCGGAGAGGAAGCGCAAGCGCAAGGAGUCCAACCGGCUCUCGGCGCAGCGGUCGCGGGCGCGCAAGCAGCGGCAGCUCGACGAACUGACGGACCAGGUGGCCGCGCUGCGCGCCCGGAACGGCGCCAUGGCCGCGGCCGCCUACGACAUCGAGCGCCGGUGCGCCGCCGUGCAGGCCGAGAACACGCUGCUGCAGGCCAUGAACCUCGAGCUCGGCGAGCGCCUCCAGUCCCUGACCGAGCUCAUCCAGUGGAUGGAGGGCGCCAUGUACCACCAGCCGCAGCCGCAGCCGCAGCUGCUCGACGCCAACAUGUACAACUACUACUAGUACCACCUCUGCUAUCUGCUGGUCGUGUCUUGAGGUCGUUGCAACUUGCCAGUGAUGUUAGCUGUAACUAGCUCUCGGGUUGUGUCCAUGAUCUAUGUACCUAGCUGUGUGUGUAUGUUUGCUUUGCCUCGCCCUGUCGUGUUGUUAUUGGGUGGGCAUUGCCGCAAGGGCAAAGUAGGGUUUUGUGGUGGUGUGUGGGGGUGCGUCACUUUAUAGUGUGACAAGGACGGCAAAGAGCCAAGAAUGUGGUUAAUUGGAUGCCCUUGUGGAACAAGCAACUGCCUUAUAUAUAUAUAUCAUGUGAUUUUGUCAAUUCA